UCCCCUGAGAUAAAACCUCGGUCCCGGCAAUGUAGCUGGUCUCUCUUAAGCCAGUCCCGUGGGGGUGUUUGUCAGGGUAUGGCAGCGCUGGGAGCCAUAGUGAAGAAAGUGUGGUGUAUCCGCCGUUAUUUGGUGCUUCUGUGCGCUCCGCUGGUGCUGCUGCCCAUCCUCUUCAGCCUGCCCCCCAAGGAAGGAAAAUGCCUCUAUGUCAUUUUGGUGAUGGCUAUAUAUUGGUGCACCGAAGCGCUGCCUUUAUCAGUGACUGCUCUUCUCCCUAUAAUUCUGUUUCCUUUCCUUGGAAUUCUCCCAGCCAGCAAAGUUUGUCCUCAAUACUUUUUAGACACUAACUUCCUCUUUUUGAGUGGCUUGACCAUGGCAGCUGCCAUUGAAGAGUGGAAUCUGCAUCGUAGAAUUGCAUUAAGAAUCCUUAUGUUAGUGGGAGUCCAACCAGCCAGGCUCAUUUUAGGCAUGAUGCUAACAACUUCCUUCUUGUCUAUGUGGCUGAGUAAUACAGCCUCUACUGCUAUGAUGCUACCAAUUGCAUUGGCUGUUUUAAAGAGCCUUUUCGGAGAUAAGGAAACAUCUAAUGAUUGCAAUAGGGUAAAAGAAGAAAAUAAAGGUUCAGUACAUCAGAAUAAACUUCACAUGGUGCCAACUGAGAUGCAGCUGCUGACAAAUGCUAAUGAGAAAGAUAUGACUGAAGAGAAGGACGUCACAGUUAACAUUUCCUUGGAUGUAAUGAAGGAAGAACAAUAUAAGGCAAAUGUAUGGAAAGCAUUUCUGAUUUCCAUCCCUUAUGCUGCUAGUAUUGGUGGAACAGCAACACUAACUGGGACAGCCCCGAAUCUCAUUCUUUCAGGACAAUUAAAGAGUUAUUUUCCAGGAUGUGAUGUUGUGAACUUUGGCUCUUGGUUUGUGUUUGCCUUUCCCUUAAUGGUACUUUUCCUUUUUUUUGGAUGGCUCUGGAUAUGCUUCCUUUAUGGAUGCAUUAGCUUAAGAGACUGCAAAAAGAAGAAAUCUGAGAUAAGAGCUGAUGCAGAAGGCAGAGCUCGAGCAGUUAUAACGGAAGACUAUGAGAAACUGGGACCAAUAAAGUUUGCAGAGCAGGCAGUAUUUGUUCUCUUCUGUUUAUUUGCCAUCCUGCUAUUCUCCAGAGAUCCAAAAUUCAUCACAGGUUGGGCAAGCUUAUUCAAACCAGGGUUUGUCUCAGACGCAGUUACUGGAAUCACAAUAGUGACAAUACUGUUCUUCUUCCCAGCGAAAAAGCCAUCUCUUAAAUGGUGGUUUGAUCUAAAAGCAUCAAAUGUUGAGAAUGAACCCUUGCUAACUUGGAGCAAAGCCCAAGAAAGUGUGCCUUGGAAUAUAAUCUUGUUGCUUGGAGGAGGGUUUGCAAUGGCAAAAGGAUGUGAGGAAUCAGGCUUGUCUGUCUGGAUUGGUGGUCGUCUUGACCCUCUGGAGAAUCUCCCUCCUCCUGUGGCUGUAAUUCUCAUCACAGCAGUCAUAGCAAUGUUCACAGAAUUUGCCAGUAACACAGCUACAAUCAUCAUCUUCUUGCCUGUCUUGGCAGAACUGGCCAUUCGUUUGAAGGUGAAUCCACUCUACUUAAUGAUACCGGGAACUGUAGGAUGCUCUUUUGCCUUCAUGCUUCCAGUCUCUACACCCCCAAAUUCCAUUGCUUUUGCUUCUGGGCAUUUGAUGGUCAAAGACAUGGCGAGAACUGGCCUACUGAUGAAUUUGAUGGGAAUCUGUCUUCUGAGCUUGGCCAUCAAUACUUGGGCUAUGAGCAUCUUUCAGCUAGGCAGCUUUCCUUCCUGGGCCAACAUCCAUAUGGAAAAUGCAACCACCCUACUAGGAGAUGCUCAGAACAUUUCUUUGAACUUAACUAUAAAUAAACUUAUAUAACUAUUACUUAACUAUAAGUAAAGCAACCUUAUUGAUGAGAUUGGGUGAGAAAACGUCUGUCCUCAAAUCUGAGCACUAAAUUAAAUUGAUAUUGAACACAGGUACGCAUGGAAGGACACACUGUGGAUGCGCCUCCACCUUAGGACCAUCAUGGAUUUUCAUUUGUUUUUACAAAUCUUUAUAAAUAUUCGUUGACUAUUUGAAAGACAUAAAAGACUUUUUCAUUUUUCAUUCAAAGAAUUAUCAAGUAGCUCUAGAUAGGUCUAGCUAGCCUUUCGCUGUUUGAGCCCUGGAAGAUCUUUCCCCAUCUUUUGUUGUUCAAAUAAAGAGGAUUAUUUUGCUUUACUAAAGAUGAUCAUUGCCUAAAUAUAGAUAUAUCUGGCUAUUUAAUGUAGUAGCACAUUGCAUCUGAAUACAGAAGUAUGUGAGUAAUUAAAGCAAUGAAUCAGAAAGCCUAUUGCCAACUAUAUAUUCUCUGCCAGACACAGGCACAGCAGAUUAUCAAAUCAGAUAUGUUUUUAAAAAUCGCAUUAUCCUGUUUUACUAGGGUAGCGACAACUUGGUUGAAUCUGUGAUGUUUAGAAGAGAUCAGGAGGACAGAUAAUAUUAUAAUAUUAUAGAUCUGAGUUGUUCUGAAAAUGACAGGUAAAAUGGAAAAGGUUUGCAUAUAUGUGCAAAUAUCGGUGGGAAAGUACUGAAUAUAAUCACAAAGAAAAGUGUUGAUCUUCCUUAUUUUCUCUGGGACAUUUAUUGACCAUCCCAUAAUAAGAUCAAAUAAGGAUACUCAGAACUGGCAGGACAGCCAAUUCUGUUGAACAUUGAUAGGAAUCUGUAGUAACUUAGGCCAGAGUUUCCUUUCUCGAAAUUGUUGAAAACACUGAUAUGUAUUAAAGAGCAUAUCAGUAGAUCAAUACACUUGACUUAGUGCCUUUUGUGUCUGCUUCUUGAGGCCAAAGUAUAGUACUCAUUUUGUCUAUUUUUUUUAAAAAAAAUGUUUGAACAUGUACACUCUCUCCUACCAGAAUUACACACUUAGGGAUUUUAAUUAUAUUCUUGAUAAACUCUAUAUGUGCACGGUGAUCUCUAAACAAUUUAUCUAGUGAUGUAAAACCUGAAGUUAAGCUGUAUGGAAGAAUUGGGAUAUUGCACCCCAGAUAUAUGCCAAAGUUGCUCUCAAAUUGUAGUUUUUUAUGUGUUAAAAAGGGACAAUUGCCAAAUAUAUGGCUAGGAAACAGUCAUUAUAAAUAUAAUUAAUGUUAAUCACAUGUAAAUAUAAGUAAAAUGAAAUUAUAUAUGGUUUUUGCCAUGAAAAUGUCCAUUAAUGUUGGGACUCAAUGUUCAAGUUCUAUUGAACUUGCAAGAAAUAAAAUGUUUCAUGCCCACAACUGCCCUACACAAGUUUAUUAGUCCAGUAAACGAUAAACAGUUUAUUGAAGAAAAAGAGGAAGAUUGCAGAUUUUAUGAAUUUUAAAAUGAUCCUUUAACAAAAAGCAAUUACUAUGAAAAAUUGUCAACAGUAAGAAUUUGAAAUGAGAACCUAGCAAGUUCUAGACUCUACCAUAUCCUAUUGUCUUAUUGCAGGAUUGCCAGAUUACUUCAGUGCAAUCUUGAUCCCAUAAAUGUCAGGGAUUUGAGGUAAUCCAAAAUAAAGUGGAAAGAACAGUUGAAUGCUGGUCUGCUUUCAUUCAAAAGUAAUUGAAAGUGAAGCUGAAUGUUGGUCUGCUCUCAUUAAGCUUAAGUCAGUUAGCCUUAGCAUCAUUCUAGAUUAUUUUUACAGUAGAUAGCAAUGCAUAUGAAAGAGAUCUGAAUUGGUAUUAGGGAUUGUUUUAUAUUGUUGUCCUCAAGAGUAUUUUAGAUUCCACCAAAUGCACCAUCUGACUCCAUAUAAAAUAAAUUAGUGUGCUGGGCAUAGGAUAGAGCAGUGUUUGUCAACCUUGGCCACUUGAAGAGAUUUGGAUUUCAACUCCUAGAAUUCAGUUCCCCAUGUUAGCUACGGAAAUCUGGGAGUUGAAGUCUACACAUCUUCAAAUGACUUACAUUGAGGAAAAACUGGAAUAGGGUGUGGCUUUUUAGACUUGCCACUGUUCACUGGAGAAAUUUAUCUGGUAUAAAGUAAAAUGACAAAACUCAUGUAGUGGUGGCAUUAGUUAUUGGCAGCAUCAUACCUGAGAAUGCUUCAUCACAGGUCAUAUUCACUAUCUAGAUCUCUCCUUCUAUGUGUCCAAAUCAUGAAAAUGCCUAAAGUUUUGAUUGUUGCUCUUCCCAUGUCCAUUAGUCUUUUGUGGGGAAUUAUUUGUUGCUUGGAUUUGAGAGAUGGAUGUUAAAAUCUGAUCAGUUUUUUUUAUUGAUUGAUGAUCUGUGUACUUUCAGUGAAAGUGUUUGUGUAUGAACAUUGAUUCCAAUCCACACUGUAAACCUGAUUCUGUGUUAUAUUAUUAUGUGUGUGUGUGUGCAAGAAAUGGACUUCACACAAGUAUAAGAUCACUGUUGAAUGCAUGCUUUGGAAGAUU